GGUUUGGGCCAAAAAAUGACAGGAAAAAUUGUUUGCGCCCCAUUUGUAUUCCAACCGGAAAUGGAGUGACUGACUCUUUUGUUGAAGUCACUUGCGGUCUGCGUGAAAUUCAGUCUUAAACCCUCCCUCACUUCCUCCCUCAGUUCCUCCCGUACCAAAACAAAACCCUACAUUCCCAAAUGUGCAAAAACACAUCAAAUUACUGAAGGAAGAAAAAUAAAAUAAAAUAAAAAGAUGUUCAGGAGAAGAUUAACAUCUUUAUUGGCUACGUCAAUCCACCAAUCUUCUCAGAUUUACAAAAACCUUAGCUUCAUUUCAACAAAAACAAUCUCAUCAUCAACAUUCCCAUUUCAAAAUCAACAAUCACUUUACUCAAAAAUCAACCCUAAUAAUAAUGUAUCCUUGUCUCAUGGAAUUAGGGCGUACUGUAGUUACUUAGCAUUGAAUGAUUUGGCGGAUAAUAAAGGAUCAAAUAAGAAAAGAACAAGAAAAGGUCGUGGUAUUGGUUCUGGUAAAGGUAAAACUGGUGGGAGAGGUCAUAAAGGACAGAGAGCUAGAGGUAGUCAUCAAGCUGGUUUUGAAGGUGGUCAAACUCCUCUUCGUCGGAGAUUGCCCAAACGAGGCUUUAAGAAUCCUUUCAGUCUUGAAUUUCAGCCAGUAGGGUUGGGGAAAAUAGCAAAGCUUAUAAAUGCAGGAAAAAUUGAUUCUUCAGAAUUGAUAACCAUGAAAACUCUGAAGGAUUCUGCGGCUAUAGGGAAGCAGAUAAGAGAUGGAGUAAGGUUGAUGGGUCGUGGCGCAGAACAAAUUAAGUGGCCUAUUCAUCUUGAGGUGUCGAGGGUGACAGUUAGGGCAAAGGAAGCAGUUGAAGCUGCUGGCGGGUCUGUCAGGAAAGUUUACUACAACAAAUUGGGUUUCCGAGCCUUGUUGAAACCCGAGUGGUUCGAAAAGAAGGGCAGAUUACUACCUAAAGCAGCCAGACCUCCACCGAAGCAGAAGGACAAAGUUGAUAGCGUUGGUCGCUUACCUGCUCCGACCAAACCAAUCCUGUUUACGAAAGAGGAAAUAGCAGCAGCAGCAGCAGCUGCUAGUACUCCAUCUGCUGCCUAAUCUCAACUUGCUUUGGUGUUGGCUCAAGCUUUUCUUACGUCGCUGUUUUAGGUUGUAAGCGAUUUUGUUUAUAUCAAGUUCUGUGGCACAUAAGUUCAAUUUCGUCUGUUACUAUAUUGAGCUACUGCUAUGACUAUAUUAAAGCUGAGAUAAAGUUUAAAUUAUUUUCCUUCUUGGUGAGGAUAGUAGGACACAGUCAAUGUCAUAUUUAGCUAUCUCUGUGCUCUUAUUUCGUGUGUUACGAAUAUCAACAGAUUAAUAAACUAAAAUGUUGGCCA